CUUCCAAAUAUCAAUUGUGCCUUGUUUCUUUUUUUCCUUUUUCAGAUUCCAUAUAAUUCUUUUCUUGAAUUUAGAGUCCUCCAAAACUGCUUGUUUUUCUUCUUAUUCCCGAUUCUUGAUUUGAUCUUCUUUUAAUUUAAGCAAAACCCUAGUAUUUUCUUGCUGAAUUAUACGGUAUUUUGGAGGAAUUGAAUCAGGAAAAAAGAAAAUUUAAUUGGAGAUCAGUCAGAGAUGGCAAUAGCUGCACCAGAACAGCUUAAUCUUACGGAAGCUCCAACUUGGGGGUCUAGAACCGUUGAUUGUUUCGAGAAAUUGGAGCAGAUUGGUGAAGGCACUUAUGGUCAAGUGUACAUGGCAAAAGAAAUUAGAACAGGGGAAAUUGUUGCUUUGAAGAAGAUACGCAUGGACAAUGAAAGAGAAGGGUUUCCAAUAACUGCUAUACGUGAGAUUAAAAUCUUAAAGAAGCUGCACCAUGAAAAUGUGAUUGACCUGAAAGAGAUUGUAACAUCUCCAGGUCGUGAGAAGGAUGAGCAAGGAAGGCCAGAUGGUAACAAGUAUAAAGGUGGAAUCUACAUGGUCUUUGAGUACAUGGACCAUGAUUUGACUGGGCUUGCUGAUCGUCCUGGAAUGAGAUUUUCAGUUCCGCAGAUUAAGUGUUACAUGAGGCAGCUUUUGACGGGACUGCAUUAUUGUCAUGUAAAUCAAGUACUUCAUCGUGAUAUUAAAGGUUCCAAUCUUCUGAUUGACAACAAAGGCAAUUUGAAGCUUGCCGAUUUUGGGCUUGCUCGAUCCUUCUCAAAUGAUCACAAUGCAAAUCUUACAAAUCGUGUGAUUACUUUAUGGUACAGACCACCUGAGUUGCUUCUUGGGACCACAAAGUAUGGUCCAGCCGUUGAUAUGUGGUCUGUUGGUUGCAUCUUUGCUGAGCUGCUUCAUGGAAAACCAAUCUUUCCGGGGAAGGAUGAGCCAGAGCAGCUGAACAAGAUUUUUGAGUUGUGUGGCUCUCCUGACGAGGUUAAUUGGCCUGGAGUUUCCAAGAUUCCAUGGUAUAACAAUUUCAAACCAUCAAGGCCAUUGAAAAGACGUCUAAGGGAGGUUUUCAGACACUUUGAUCGACAUGCUUUGGAGUUGCUUGACAAGAUGCUGACCCUUGACCCGUCUCAGAGAAUAUCAGCCAAGGAUGCACUUGAUGCCGAGUAUUUCUGGACUGAUCCAUUACCAUGCGAUCCAAAGAGUUUGCCAACCUAUGAAGCUUCACAUGAGUUCCAGACAAAGAAAAAGCGACAGCAGCAGAGGCAGCAUGAGGAAGCAGCUAAACGUCAGAAACUGCAUCACCAGCAGCAGCAUGGUCGGCUUCCACCGGUUCAGCAGUCAGGGCAAGGACAUACUCAAAUGAGACCAGGGCCAAAUCCCUCAAUGCAUGCAUCCCAUCCUCAGGUUGCUGGCGGACCUAGCCACCACUAUGCAAAGUCUCAUGGGCCUCCAGCAGGAGCAGGCAGAUAUCCAGCUGGUGGAAAUCCUUCUGGAGGAUACGGUCACCCUACUCGUGGCCAAGGUGGAGCUUAUGGCAGUGGUCGAUAUCCACCUCAAGGAAGGGGUACCCAAUAUGGUUCAGGAGGAAUGCCAGGAGGUAGUGGUCCCCGGGGAGUUGGAGGCACAAAUUAUCCCCACGGUGCCCCAUAUGGGUCGUCUGGUACUGGACGUGGCUCAAAUGUGAAUCGCAACCAACAACAAUACAAUUGGCAGCAGUAAUGCUUCAUUCCUGCUACCAAUAUGGUAAGCAAAAUGUGCAAUCUAUGUGAAAUAAAAAGAAGUGAACUGUGGAUUGGAAUAUCGCGCACUUCAUUGAUUUUCUGAUCCACCUCAUGCAUGGCAAGAGAAGGGAGGCAGCGUGUGGGAGGGCAUCGAAUGAACCUGUUUAUAUGGAAAGUUGUCAUGCUGAAGGUAACGUAAAAUAUGUAUGUUAUGUUCUAUGGACAUUGUCUUAUGUUUCUAUCCACGUCCAAAAUUUAUUUGUGAACAGAACAACCAUAAACUAUACUCUGCUAAGGAGCACUUAUUUCAUCCAUUUGUGGGGAAUCUUCCUUUUGUUUGAAUACUGAAGUUUACUCCUAUGCGAAUCAUAAAUUGAGAUCCAAAUGUGUAACAGCUCUUUUAUAUUUGUGAGCUGAAUUAAUUGAAAAGAUGAGCCAUAUCGCCUGUAAAUAUUUCUAGACUUCUGUA